GUGUCGCGGACAAAAGUUGUUAGUUUCUUCCUAAGUCCUGUCCGGUUGCAAGCUCCGGUGCACGGAGAUUUAGCGCUUAGUUAAACUCAAGCAAGUCUGUGUGUUUUUUUUUUUUGGAGUGGAUAUUAGGGAGCUGGAAAACUGCACGGGCGCCGUUGAAGGAGCUGCAGACGGCGGAGUCCCUCGGCUGAAGCUAACCGCUGCCGUGGAAAAGUUAUUGUUGGGCACCCUGUGGGGUUUAAAGUUCAGCUAACAGUAGCGUCACGGGCUGCUAGCAGGUAGUUAGCUCCGUAUCUUAACUCAUUAGAUCGGUCACAAUGGCAGCUGUGUGCCAGCCGCGACGUGCCUUGGUGGAAAUACCUGCUCCGCAGCCAAAAAUUGCAGCUCGGAUGAGGAGGUCCUAUUUAGAAAUUUUAAGUGCUCGUUUGUCUCCAUCUCCACUUCCAAGGGGGAGAAAUGCAGCUGCAAACACGAGGCCUGUGCAGUCAUUGAACUUGCCCUUUGGUGGGCUGUGGAGUGGGAGAAUAGAGGAGCAGUGUGAGAAGAUGGACGAGCACCAUAUGCCGCUCCCCAAACAGCAGCUUGUGCAGUUAAUCAGAUCCCUCAUCUUAGUCGAACAGAGUCAAGAGCCCAGGAUCCUGGCCUCAGACCUGAAGUAUCUCCAGGAAGACUUGCAACUAAAGAAGGCAAAUGUUUACAGGUCCAUACCCUACUCACGGUUUGGCUCCAAUAGGGAUGCUCACUGCUACAGGAAGGCAUAUCCUCACCUGGUGGCAUUCAAAGUUUCGUGUCAGGAGUGGGGCCAGGUUCUUCUGCGGAACAAAGAGUGGGACGCUGUGUUGGAGCACACACUGAUGGCGUGGCGCUACACCAGCGAGCUGCCACAGUGGGAUACAGCGAACCACAACGCUCUACGAGAACAGUGUUACAGCAUUCUGACAGCUCACGGCCUUACUGCUCUCCAGCACUACCACCCCGAACCCAACAGAGGACGCGAGCUGCUCAGAAGGCUGGAGAUGGCUCAGCUGCACAGCCAGUCAAUUCUUCCCUGUAUUCAGGAGUUGCAAAGAAUUAUGGGAUGUGCAGAUGACUCCUCCUUGGAUACAAAAUAACAUGACGAACAAUCUAACUUAUACCCAAGUGAGAAGUGUGCUUCAUAGAUGACCUAAAUGAUUUAGGUGUGAUAAAGGGCCAAAAAACAUACAUGGUAGUGUUUGUUUGUAAAACCACUACAGUAUUCUUCCAAAGGGCAGGGUAGCAACUGCCAAUGUAAUAAGUGCCAGAUAAUGCAGGUUUAAAGAGGUAAAUAGAGCCGCUUUUUACCAGGUUGAUAAUGCAUUAAAACCUCUUAUUUAAUCCAACGUCAACUGGACAGCAUUAAUUUACACACAGCCUUAUUACAAAACCAUGCUUUCUUUUUCAUCGAGCAUUUACAUUGUGAGAAAUGUUGUUCAGGCCAGUGGAAUUCAUUUUUUUGUAUAUUUUUAGGAAUUUGUAUAGAAUAAUCUUUGUUUUGACCGUUUGAAACGUAAGAAGUAUACAAAGGCCUUUUCUGUUGCUUUGUAUGGGCGUGUAUGUAUAUAUGUCCUUAUGGCUGUUCACUAUACUUGAAUCUGUGGCCUUUGUUGACUUUGUUUGUCUUCAUAGAGAAUUGUCUCCGUCACUGAUUGCACUGUUGCGUUUUGUCCUGAAAACUUGAAAAUGUUCGAUAAAAUAGACCCUAAUUUAAAUAAAGUCAC